GCGUUCACAUUCUGAUUGCUGUUGGCUCAGUGAUGAUGGUUGUUGGGUUCCUUGGUUGCUAUGGUGCCAUCCAGGAGUCCCAGUGUCUUCUAGGAACGUUCUUUGCUUGCCUGGUCAUCCUUUUCGCCUGUGAGGUAGCUGCUGGAAUCUGGGGCUUCAUGCAUAGAGAUACGAUUUCCAAAGAGAUGGUCAACUUCUACGACUCGGUGUUUGAGAAAGCGGUGUCGGAGUCCAAUUUUGAGCCCGACAGGAAGCAGGCUGCUGCGUCCGUGCUGAAAGUCUUUCACGAGACGCUGGAUUGCUGUGGAAAGGGAGGUACUUCCCUGUCAAGUAUCCUGACCAAGGGAUUGUCUACGUUGGGACUCACUGAUCUCUGCCCUAAGUCAGCUGCAAGAAUGGAGAACUGUCACACCAAGAUCAACGACCUGUUCUCUGACAAGAUCUAUCUCAUCGGCAUCGCAGCCCUGGUGGUGGCUGUUAUCAUGAUCUUUGAGAUGAUCUUCAGCAUGGUCCUCUGCUGUGGCAUCCGCAACAGCCCGGUCUACUAAGAGCAGGAGGGAGGGGGGACGGGACGGGGGGACACCACAAGCCCACGACUGAAGGAGAACCUCUUCUGUCCUUUCUUUUUUACAGCCUGUCACAUUCACAUGUACUUGCUUGCCAAAUCAGUCAGUCCUACGAAGAUAAAAGCGAAAUCUGAUUUUUUAUUGUUACUGUCAUCAGUCACAGAUGCUGUUUAUAUUUGACUAACGCUAGUCUACACACCAACACACACGCACACAUAAACACACACACACACACACAAACCUUGCACUUACAUGCAUGCGCACAUCUACACACACAUCCUGACCAGUACGGUCCAUCUCGAAUGAAUAGAUGAUCAAAAUAUGAGAAAUUGCUUCUUUCCAUACAAUUGUAUUCUGCUGGCUUAUUCAAAUGUAUCUGUAUAAACUGUAUAUAUUAUUAGCUGUGCAGUAGGACUGUCUAGCAUGAGUGUUGUGCUGAAUCCUGUACUCUCUGCUUGUCUGCCAACAACCACUAAGGACCAGUGAAAGGAUGAUGGUGAUGUAGCACCAUGCCAGAGGAUCUGAACUAACCGAAGCCAUAGAGAGGUCUCUCCUAGACUCCCUGCCUUAUAGUGUGUCCAUCGUUCGUUGUGUGUUAUCCUGUCUUAACUCUUCGUGACUGUACACUAACUAUCAGUAUGGGGUUUGAUUCCACUAUACAGUUUACUAAUAGGCUAUUUUAUAAUUCUCCCUCCUUUAUACGGACCCCAUGUCUCAUACCGGCCACUUUGCAUAGCAGUUUCUUUGAUUUCCUCCAGGUCUAUUUAACCUCUGAUGAGAUGCUCUGUUGGCUUUGGCUGCUAGCAUGAUGUAAUGAGACCUGGGCGCGAUGCCUUCUGCUGAACCCGACGUUUUCUGUCUCCACCACCAGAGGGCGCUCUUGGCUACGGCCAUGGCUCCUCGUAGGGGGACAGUGGGUAGAGCCAAUCAACAAGCUGAUCCUGGAUCAGUCUUAUGUUUCUCAACUGAUGCUUUGACAAACCGACCUUUAGUCUGUGGCCAGGGGCAACUUCAUUCCAGACCUCUUUUCCUAUCUGUUCACUGGCCUUCAGAAAGAGGCCAUGCUCAGUGGGUCACGCGUGAUACGCACGCACUCACACACAUACAUACACACACAUACACACACAAACACACACAGAGAGAGAGAUUCCCACUUAUGCACAUACAUAUUUACUGUAUCAUGAAGUGUAAUCCUAAAUACUGUCAGUCUUUCUUCACCAACAGAUUACCACGCCUUGGUAUCCUGUUAUUUCUAUGCUGUUAAGCGGUCAAGUGUCUUGUAACAUGUACAGCUAUACUCUUCUACUAAUGACUUAUGUAAAGACAGUGUAAGCCUUUAUCUGUUGUUUGGUACGUUGUCAAGGGAAACAGCUGGGGAUUUCAGUGGCAGUGUUCUGAAGUCAGUUGAGUUUGAAAACGAGAACCAUGUGUGCUGGAGAGCAUACCAGCGGCAGAGUGUGUGCUGAGCGGGGCUGAGGGUGGAUUGAUAAGAAAGACGAGGGCCAGCUAAACCAGCAGAGCUCUGGUCUGGUGCUGUAGUCUAUGUCACUGCCUUACCGAGACUCACUAGCUCACCGCCACUCAAAUCUGGGCCUUUUCUCUCCUGUUUUAGACUUCGGUUUGGUUUGUUGCCCAAAUAUUAAGGGAUUAAAUGUAUUUUA